AUGCAAUUCUCCGUCGCCACCUUGCUCUUUGCUGCUACUUCUUUCGCUGCCUCCUCCGUUGUCUUGACCAAGACCGAGGCUAGCACUGUCUCCGAGACCAUCACUUCUUCCAGAAACAGCUCUUCUAUUUCUACUUACGAGGGUGGUGCUGCUGCUGGAUUCGGCUCCUACUACGCUGCUGGUGCUGCUGCUGUUGCUGCUGGUGCUUUGUUGUUGUAA